GGAGGAGGAUGUCGGGCGGCGGCGGCGGCAGCCGGGAAGAGGAGCGGCGCAAGCUGGCCGACAUUAUCAACCACUGGAACGCGAACCGGCUGGACCUGUUCGAGAUCAGCCCCCCCACGGAGGAUUUGGAAUUCCAUGGAGUUAUGAGAUUUUAUUUUCAAGACAAAGCAGCUGGAAAUUUUGCAACUAAGUGUAUCCGUGUGUCUAGCACUGCCACAACACAGGACGUAAUAGAAACACUUGCGGAGAAAUUCCGUCCAGAUAUGCGAAUGUUAUCAUCACCUAAAUACUCGCUUUAUGAAGUGCAUGUCAGUGGAGAAAGAAGAUUGGAUAUCGAUGAGAAGCCUCUUGUUGUGCAAUUAAAUUGGAACAAAGAUGAUAGAGAAGGGCGGUUCGUACUCAAGAAUGAAAAUGAUGCACUUCCCUCAAAGAAGGCUCAGAGCAAUGGCCCUGAAAAACAAGAGAAGGAAGGAGUGAUCCAGAACUUCAAACGAACUCUAUCAAAGAAAGAAAAGAAGGAAAAAAAGAGGCGAGAGAAAGAGGCAUUGCGGCAAGCUUUGGACGAUAGACCAUUUCAUGGGGAUGAUAUUGAGAAUUCUCGUCUUGCAGCAGAGGUUUACAAAGAUAUGCCUGAAACAAGUUUCACUCGCACAAUAUCCAAUCCAGAGGUGGUAAUGAAACGACGGAGACAGCAAAAACUAGAGAAGAGGAUGCAAGAGUUCCGGAGUUCUGAUGGCAGGCCAGAUUCAGGUGGAACACUGAGGAUUUAUGCAGACAGUUUGAAACCAAAUAUACCAUACAAGACAAUCCUGCUGUCCACUACGGAUACUGCAGAUUUUGCAGUUAUUGAAGCUCUGGAGAAGUAUGGUUUGGAAAAGGAAAAUCCCAAGGAUUACUGUAUUGCUCGAGUGAUGCUUCCUCCUGGUGCACAACAUUCUGAUGAUAAAGGUGCUAAAGAAUCCAUUCUAGAUGAUGAUGAGUGCCCACUUCAGAUAUUCAGGGAAUGGCCAAGUGACAAAGGAAUAUUAGUCUUUCAGUUGAAAAGGCGACCACCUGAUUAUGUCCCAAAGAAGUCAAAGAAACAAACUGAUGGAAAGCCAUUGAAAGGAAAGGAAAGAGUUGACGGGUCUGGUUAUGGCUCUUCCCUUCCUCCGGAGAAACUACCUUAUCUGGUUGAACUAAGUCCAGGGAGAAGGAAUCACUUUGCCUACUACAACUAUCACACUUAUGAAGAUGGUUCCGAUUCUAGAGAUAAACCAAAGCUCUAUCGUUUGCAGUUAAGCGUGACUGAAGUUGGUACCGAAAAAUUUGAUGACAACUCUAUUCAGUUGUUUGGUCCAGGAAUUCAGCCUCAUCACUGUGACCUCACUAAUAUGGAUGGUGUUGUUACUGUUACUCCAAGAAGCAUGGAUGCUGAGACAUAUGUGGAGGGUCAGCGGAUUUCGGAGACCACUAUGCUGCAAAGUGGUAUGAAGGUUCAGUUUGGCGCCUCUCAUGUAUUUAAGUUUGUGGACCCCAUUCAGGAUCACAUUCCUAAAGGACGUCUAGACACAGGGCAUAUGGUCAAAGGAUCACGACUCAAAACUGGAGCUGUACAAGAAACAACAUUUGAUUUAGAAGGAGACAUCCAUAGUGGAACAGGAUUACCUGCAAGCAAGAGCACCAAUAGAUUGGAUAGUGACAGAAUAUCGACAUCCAGCACAGCUGAGCGAGGCAUGGUGAAGCCCAUGAUAAGAAUAGAACAGCAGCAGGAUUACCGGAGGCAGGAUGGCAGACCACAGGAUACACAUGGACCUGAAUUGAUACUACCUGCGAGCAUUGAAUUCAGGGAAAGCUCUGAAGAUGCCUUUUUGUCUGCCAUUAUAAAUUACACCAAUAGCUCAACAGUUCAUUUUAAGCUGUCUCCUACUUAUGUCUUGUACAUGACAUGCCGGUAUGUAUUGUCGAGCCAGUACAGACCUGACAUCAGUCCUGCUGAACGUACUCACAAAGUCAUUGCAAUAGUGAACAAGAUGGUCAGCAUGAUGGAAGGAGUUAUACAGGAGGUAGACCAGGUUGAUCAGAAACAGAAGAAUAUCGCAGGGGCGCUUGCUUUCUGGAUGGCAAAUGCAUCUGAGCUUCUAAACUUCGUAAAGCAGGAUCGAGACCUUAGUCGAAUCACACUAGAUGCACAAGAUGUUUUGGCACACUUAGUUCAAAUGGCAUUCAAAUAUCUGGUUCAUUGUCUUCAGUCGGAGCUUAAUAACUACAUGCCUGCAUUUCUUGAUGAUCCAGAAGAAAAUAAUCCUCAGAGGCCUAAAAUAGAUGAUGUCUUGCAUACGCUGACUGGAGCCAUGUCCCUGCUGCGACGCUGCAGAGUGAACGCUGCCCUAACUAUACAGCUCUUCUCCCAGCUCUUUCACUUUGUCAACAUGUGGCUUUUUAACAGACUGGUUACUGAUCCAGAUUCAGGAUUAUGUUCACAUUACUGGGGAGCCAUCAUCCGCCAGCAGCUGGGACAUAUUGAAGCUUGGGCUGAAAAACAAGGCUUGGAGCUAGCUGCCGAUUGUCACCUUAGCAGGAUAGUACAAGCAACUACAUUACUUACUAUGGAUAAGUAUUCACCUGAAGACAUUCCAAGUAUUAACAGUACCUGCUUUAAACUCAAUUCUCUUCAACUGCAUGCACUGCUGCAGAAUUAUCAUUGUGCCCCAGAUGAGCCAUUUAUCCCAACAGAAUUAAUAGAAAAUGUUGUAGCUGUUGCUGAAAAUACUGCUGAUGAACUGGCUCGUAGUGAUGGUAGGGAAGUACAACUAGAAGAGGACCCUGAUCUACAGCUACCCUUUCUUCUGCCAGAAGAUGGCUAUUCAUGCGAUGUGGUCAGAAACAUCCCAAACGGGUUACAAGAAUUUUUAGAUCCACUUUGCCAAAGAGGAUUUUGCAGGUUAACACCUCAUUCACGCUCACCAGGAACAUGGACAAUAUAUUUUGAAGGUGCAGAUUAUGAAAGCCAUCUGUUACAAGACAAUGCUGAUCUGGCUCAAACAUUGAGAAAGGAACCCGAGAUCAUCACUGUGACGCUGAAAAAACAAAAUGGGAUGGGCCUGAGCAUUGUGGCUGCAAAGGGUGCCGGUCAAGAUAAACUUGGAAUCUAUGUGAAGUCUGUAGUGAAAGGUGGUGCUGCAGAUGUGGAUGGUCGGCUGGCUGCCGGAGAUCAGUUGCUUAGUGUGGAUGGACGCAGUUUGGUUGGACUAUCCCAAGAAAGGGCAGCAGAGCUGAUGACAAGAACUGGAUCAGUGGUGACACUAGAAGUGGCAAAACAAGGAGCAAUUUAUCAUGGUCUAGCAACUCUGCUUAACCAGCCCUCACCGAUGAUGCAAAGAGUUUCAGACCGCCGUGGUUCAGGCAAACCCCGACCAAAGAGUGAAGGUUUUGAGCUGUAUAACAAUUCUGCUCAGAAUGGAUCACCUGAGAGCCCUCAGCUGCCUUGGACGGAAUAUAAUGAACCAAAGAAGUUGCCAGGAGAUGACAGAUUAAUGAAGAAUCGAGCAGAUCACCGAUCCAGUCCCAAUGUAGCAAAUCAGCCCCCAAGUCCUGGGACCAAGAAUGCUUAUGCAGCUGGGACAGCUAACAAAAUAACAUCAGUCUCUACUGGAAACCUUUGUACAGAGGAACAGAUGCUGCCACCCAGACCUGAAGCAUAUCCUAUCCCAACACAGACUUACACCAGAGAAUAUUUCACAUUCCCAGCCUCCAAGUCCCAAGACAGAAUGGGCCCUGCUCAAAGUCAGUGGUCAAAUUACGAAGAGAAGCCUCAAGUUCAAACAGAAAAUAAUCAUUAUAUCAGCACUGCAGUGCAGCGCGUAACUCGUUCUCAGGAAGAACUGCGGGAUGAUACAGUUUAUCAGCCAGAAAGGAAUCGAUUGGAGGUCAUAAUACGAAAAGAUGUGGAAUAUAUUGAUAGGAAAUCCGAUAGUGACCCAUGGAUGAACUCUUCUGUGGAUUCUAGUACAUCAAGCCAAGAGCAUCUGAACCAUUCCUCUAAAUCCCUCCCCCCUGGAUCUUGUUUAACCAAAAGUGGACCCGGCCGAUGGAAAACUCCUGUUGUCUCUCAGCCAAUAUCGCUGGCAGCUUCUCAGACUGCUAGAACAGACCUUCCCCCUCCUCCCCCUCCUCCCCCGGUGCACUAUGCAGCUGACUUUGAUGGACUGCAGAUGGAUUUGCCUCUGCCACCACCUCCACCUUCUUCAAGCCAGUUAGGGCCACAGUCAUCAUCCCAGGUUGCUGCUGCAGAGCGAAAAAAGAGAGAAGAGCAUCAAAGGUGGUAUGAGAAAGAAAAAGCACGUUUAGAGGAAGAGCGUGACAGGAAGCGUCGGGAACAGGAACGAAAACUGGGGCAAAUGCGAGCACAGCCACUAAUUCCUGCUCAGUCCUUACUUCCUCCAGUGGCAGCUCAGCAGGUAAAACCAGAAAAGCCUUCAACGUUGCAGAGAACCCAGGAAACUGUCAUUAGAGAACUGCAGCCUCAACAGCAGCCCCGAACUAUUGAGCGAAGAGAUCUGCAGUACAUCACCAUAAGCAAAGAAGAGCUGUCCUCUAGUGAUAGCCUGUCUCCUGACCCUUGGAAAAGAGAUGCUAAGGAGAAGCUGGAGAAACAGCAGCAAAUGCACAUUGCGGACAUGCUGAGCAAAGAGAUUCAAGAUCUUCAGAACAAGCCAGAUCGUACGGCUGAAGAGAAUGACCGCCUACGAAAGCUCAUGCUGGAGUGGCAGUUCCAGAAACGGCUCCAGGAGUCAAAGCAAAAAGAUGAGGAUGAAGAUGACGAAGAAGAUGAUGAUAUAGACACCAUGUUGAUCAUGCAGCGCCUGGAAGCUGAGAGAAGAGCAAGGCUACAGGAUGAAGAGCGCAGACGGCAGCAGCAGUUGGAAGAGAUGCGAAAACGAGAAGCGGAAGACAGAGCCCGGCAGGAGGAAGAGCGCAGGCGCCAAGAGGAGGAGCGGACAAAGCGAGAGGCAGAACAAAAGAGGCGACAGGAAGAAGAAUAUUACAAUCGCCUGGAGGCUGAAAGGCGCCGUCAGCAUGAUGAGGCGGAACGGAGAUUGCUGGAACCUGAUGAGCCUGGUCUGUACAGACCUCCGCUUCCACGGGAAUAUGAAUUCCCACCCCUGCCCCCUUCAUCUAAUGCUCCUCCUCCCCCACCUCAGCGAAACACCUCUUACCUCAAAACACAGGUCCUCUCCCCUGAUACGAUUUAUACUGCCAAGUUUGUUGCAUACAAUGAUGAGGAGGAGGAGGAUUCCUGUCUAGCAGCAGGAUCAAACUCUUACACUGGAUCUACUGGAGCAAUUGCAGGAUCACAGGAAUCUUAUCUGGACCCAAGAGAUAAAAAAUCAAAAAGUCAAGAUACAGAUUUACCCGGUGCACCAGAAAACUUGACUUUCCGGGAGCGACAGAGACUGUUUUCCCAAGGCCAGGAUGUGUCCAACAAAGUAAAGGCUUCUAGGAAAUUAAUGGAACUGGAAAAUGAGUUGAAUACAAAAUAGGGUAAAAUGCACCUUAUCGGAAGUAUCUGAAAGAUCUUAGUGUGACUGGGAAAGGGGCUGUUCAAGAAGAAGAAAGUAUCUCCUGACGAGAUGCAAUGGAAUUCUCUAUCUGGACUGUUUGAAAUUUAGUCACGUUGCAAUAGCAAGAGAACCAAUUCUUUAUCAAGAGCUUGUGGUUUAUACGAUUAAAGCACUGUAAGAUAUAUUUUAGUUAUAAGAAUCCAGUAUCAUUAUGUUCUUUCUCCCCACCCUUUCCCUUGUUUGGGGGGAUUAAGUACUUCUGCAAUAUUUCUGGGUAACACUUGUUGAAGAAUAGUUGUUUCCUGGUUUCUUACAGAAACACUUUGCUAGCUGCUGAGCAGAGAGAGUGGCUAUAUAGCUUGAA